AUGAAGGUAAUGGCUUUGAAACUUCACAACCUACUCUCUUUACUACUAUUUCUCUACACCAUUCUUGAUUUCCCGGCCACCACGACAUCGCAAGAGUGCCCGUAUCCAUGUUAUCCUCCCCCAAUCGGCCCUGGAAACAACCCUCCGGUGACCACUACACCACCAUCACCACCGGUGACCACCACUGCCCCACCAACUACUUUCUCUCCUCCAGCUUUCACCACCCCUCCUGCUGGCUACUUUCCAUUUACUCCUCCAUCACCUUUUAACGGAGUUACUCCACCGCCGCCCGAGCCAAUAGUGCCGUGGUUUCCCUAUUAUUACAGAAAGCCACCUCAUCAAGAUCAGUCCUCAUCAACCGCUCUGAUUCAAGGAUCAAGAACCAUGAUCAUCAUAAUUCCUCUACUCGUUCUUGUUUUUUCUACUGUCUUUCUCUGA